AUGAGAGAGUUUAAUCAUACCAGCGACACCAUGUCCUCCCGAAUCCUCGCCGAUACUCGUAGCAGUCAUCCAAGUUCGAGUCGCAGUUCUGGAAGAUCAAAUCGCCCAGUGCUCGAUUUCCCGCGCGCCGCGACCACCCGUUGCCACGUCAGCAUGCUUCUCGACCAGUUGGAGGAGCGAUGCCGCCUCGCGGCGCAAACGCGGCAGCGGUACUACCGAAGCUCGAGUUGCACCCGCGACGCGCCGCCGAACCAGCAGAUCCAACCGUAUCACUACCCGCCGAGCUGGCGGGAACCGUGGCUCGUUGGUAGCUUCGGGCCGAGGCUGGAGGCACGGUUCGAGGUCGGGGAGGAGCUGGGGCGCGGUCAUUUCGGCGUGGUGCGCGCGUGCCGGGAACGGGGCAGCGGGGCAACGUUUGCUUGCAAGACUAUCAGCAAGGAGUUGCUUCAGGGCUCGCGGGCGAUGGAGGAGCUGCGCGCCGAGGCGCUGACGCCGCUGCUGCUGCAGCAGAUGGCGGAAGAGGAGGAAGACGAGAGAGCAAGAGAUGGUGAAGAGGUGGAAACAGUCAACUCAGUCAACCCAGUCAACAGCAGCAGCAGCAGCAGCAGCAGCAGCAGCACAGGGAGGUCUCCCUGGGAGGGCCUGGUGCGUCUACAUUCAGUGUACGAGGAUAACUCGGGGGUGCACCUGGUCAUGGACCACUGCAGCGGAGGAGACCUGUUUGACCUCGUUGACCGCUACGCUGAGUCAGCAGGCAUGCCCGAACAGCUGGCGGCGGCUGUCGUGGGCCAGCUGGCUGCCACGCUGGCGUGGAUGCACUCUGUGGGGGUGGUGCACCGGGACUUAAAGCCCGAAAACAUCCUGCUGGCUCGGCCAUUCUCAGGGGACGCGAGCAGCUUACCGAACCUCCACCUCUGCGUCGCCGAUUUUGGUCUGGCAAGGCGGUUGGCCCCUGGGGAGCACCUGACAGGCUUGGUAGGGAGCCCUUUUUACUUGGCCCCUGAGGUCGUGAAAGGUCACCUGUACAAUCACCAGGUGGAUGUGUGGAGCCUCGGGAUUAUCAUGUACACGUGCCUUUCAGGGAAGCUUCCCUUCCAUGGCCCGAACCACAACGCUGUGUUUGCUGCGGCGUGCCGGGCGACGCCGGACCUGGUCUCACCGGAGCUGUGGGGCGGGGUUUCUGCCGAGGCUAAGGAUCUGGUUCGGAGGAUGCUGGAGAAGGAACCUGGGAGGAGGAUGAGGUCUUGUGAGAUUCUUUCGCAUCCGUGGUUUGAAACGGUGGGGAGGAGAAACCUGUCAAGAAUUGGGCUUAUGACAGAAGUGCCUGCUUUUGGGAUUGCCAACAGCACGCAACGACCCUUGUUCCUGCCGUGGACUGGCGUUGACUGCCGUGGACUACCGUGGAAUGGCGUUGACUACAGCAGCACUGGUGCAAGUGGCAGCGGCACAGCAGGGAGUGUGACUGCAGCGAAUGUGGCUGUGAAGAAUUCUCCAAUAGGAGGCAUGAGCAGCCCAAGCAUUCUCCAAUCCCAACCUUGGCAUUCAAUCCAGUUGAGUCAGUUCCAGCCUGCAUCAAGUCAACCAAGUCAACCCACUGCAUCACAUCAAUCCAGUCAACCCAGUCAACCUAGUCAAGCCAGUCAACCUAGUCAACAGGAUCAGUCUUCCUGUGCUCAAGACACCAUUGCCACCCUUCACCUCACUACCACGCCCACUCCCCAAGUAACUGCCAACACUGUAGCAGAUCCCAACCACAUCACCACCCCUCCCCAAGAUCACAUCACUGCAGCUGGUACCACUUCUUCCCAUUCUCCCAUGCCCCCCCGUCCUACACCCGCUCGCCCCCUCUCCAUCUGUCCCCCUCCCCCUCCUUCCCCUCACACCCUCGCCACCUCCACUACUCCUACUCCCCGCACGCCCUCUCGCGCUCUCUCCGCCCGUCCGCGCAAACCAGCCAACCAAUCACCACGCCCGACCGCUCCUUCCCCUCCAGCCCUCCCCCCCUCGCUGCUGAGUCAGCUCCGGGCUGACAGGGUGGCGGAUCUGAUGCGGCUGUUCCGAGCCUGCCAGGCUGGCAGCUCUGAUGACGUGGCGAGGUGUCAAGGCAGUACUAGCCCAGCAGUCAGUACAGUGCACGUGGAGCAAAUUAGAACAUAG